UGGUAGAUAAAACAAAUACAUUUUACAAAAAUACUAAACAGUAGAAUAUUUUUUAUCAUUCAAUUGAGUUUAAAGUAAAAUUUCAAAGCCAAAUUUCUGUUUUCAUCUUGUAUACUUAAUAAUAAUUAAGUCUAAAAUGUCUUUAGUCGAUAUUGAUUCUUGGCUAACCGAAUACGAGUCUUGCGAGAAAUUGAGUCACACAAUUCUUGCAAUAAUUGCGCGACGAGAACAAGAUCGCCCCGAAGGGUACCCCGCAUUUACCAAGAAGAUAACCUUAUAUCUCAACCAGUUUGAAAAGGAGUUGCAACAACUGAAACAAAAGCUAGAUGUCUCCUCCAGAAACAGAUCCAUCACCUUUGAGGAAACAGAAAGGCGCCAGCGACUCAUUGAGAUGUUGCAUUCAAAGCUUCAGCAGUCUCGAAGUAAAUUCACAUCGAGCACACGGGCAGAUUUACUGCCGUCAUCUUCAAGUUCAUAUUGGCAAGGUGACGAUGUCCCAAUCAUUGACACCAACAAUGAUUCAGUGGAACAGCUAAAACAGAGACAGAUUCAAAUAAUGGAGGAUCAAAAUCGAGGACUUGAUGCAUUGUCCAAAAGUAUUGCAAGGCAAAAGGAAUUGGCUUCAAUGUUGGGUCAAGAAGUCGAAGAACAUAAUGUAAUUCUGGACAAUUUAGCUGAUUCUAUGGAACGAGUCGAUAAUAGAGUUCACGCGGAGACUUCUAAUAUUGGUCUAGUUACUCAAACAGACAGUACCUGGGGCUACUGGUUGGUGAUACUUGCUCUCUUUGUUGCCAUUGUAAUUGUUGCACUUAUUUAAUAGAAUUAUUGUUAUUAUUUUCUGUCAUUUAUUUUACUAUCUUGUUGUUUUUUCCAAAGAUCAAAGCUACACAUUUAACACGUACUCGUGUAGAUUCAUGUGUAAUACAUAUUCUAAUUUUAUAUAAAACAAAUUUAUAUUUACAUAAAAAAGAA